AUGACAGAGGGGCUGGCGAGGAGGCGGCGCCCGCUGCCCGAGCACCUGGCGCCAGCUGCGCGAGUGCUGGCCCUGGCGUCAGCACUGCCGCUGCCGCUGGCCGGACUGGGCAGGCGAUGGACGCCGUUCCGCUGGGGCGUAGGCGCGUCACGCCUCGCCCAUCCGGCGAGCCUCGUGCAUCCUCGGCCACCUCUGCUGCACCGAGUUCCUGCUCCGCCAGUGCGGCGCUUGAGGUGGAGGCGAUCAGGGCUGCCGCAGAGGGCUGCUGCGAUACGGCAGGUGCUGGUGCAGAUCAUCUGGGAGGCGCUAGUGCCGAUUCUCGUGGAGAUGCUCAGCCUCGCGGAGGUGCUGGCGCCGGUCCGCGUGCAGAUGCGGGCCGCCCGAGCAGCGCUGGUCACACCCCUCGGCCUCGACCUGCAAGCGAAGCCUCAGGAGACGGUGGAGAACAACGCUGCCAGGCUCAUCCGGUGGGCCGAAGAAAAAGUCAUGCUGCUGUCUGAGUUUACGGCCUCCGCACUUCCUGUCAACCUGGGCGCGGUCUCAGCCAACAGUUUCGAGGAGGCGCUGGAGCGACACAAGCUGCUGGAGUCCGAAGCCAUCGCCGCUCUGGCCGACGCCAGGACUGCUUCCCCCGCGUCGCCUGCAGAUGCUGCACAGCAGAUCCGGCUCAAGGCCGCCCAGAGUGCCUUGGUCCGGUCACGGCUGACUUCGCGACGAUGGGCUGCGAUGGCCGAGCAGUCUACAUCUCGUUCGUGA